AUGGGUAGUUACAGCGAUUUGCUGUUGCAAUGCGGUAGCAUUCUGUAUGAAACUCUGUAUAACGCGAUCAAAAAAUUGCUACUGCCUCCAUAUGACACAAUAAACAAAAAAAAGAACGUACAAAUUCUGAAGCUGAAGAAACUGUAUCAACACUUGAAAAGCGACGUCGAACACGUGAGGGAAUUCAGCUGCGGGAUGCUGUAUUACAGGACUCUGUACCUGGACAGUAAGAGGGACGCCCUAUACGUCGGCGCAAUGGACAAGGUGUUCAGGCUGAAUCUGAGCAACAUCAGUCAUUCGAACUGUGAGAAGGACGCGCUUAAUUUGGAGCCCGGCAACGUGGCAAAUUGCGUGUCCAAAGGGAAAUCAGAGCACUUUGACUGCCGGAAUCACAUAAGGGUGAUCCAGCCAAUGGGGGACGGCAAUCGACUCUACAUGUGCGGCACGAACGCUCACUUGCCCAAGGAUUGGGUGAUUUAUAGCAAUCUGACCCAUUUGCCUCGCCACGAGUUCGUCCCCGGCGUGGGAGUGGGCAUAGCGAAGUGUCCUUACGAUCCUGCGGACAAUUCGACGGCGGUCUGGGUGGAAAAGGGCAAUCCUGGGGACCUGCCAGCUCUUUAUUCCGGCACCAACGCCGAAUUCACGAAAGCCGAUACCGUAAUCUUCCGUACGGAUCUGUACAAUUUAACCACCGGUCGGAAGGCGUUCAGCUUCAAGAGGACGCUGAAGUACGACUCGAAAUGGCUGGACAAACCUAAUUUUGUGGGAUCUUACGACAUCGACAGCCACGUAUUCUUCUUCUUCCGCGAGACGGCGGUGGAAUACAUAAAUUGCGGCAAAAGCGUGUAUUCCCGUGUGGCGAGAGUUUGCAAAAAGGACACCGGUGGCAAGAAUAUUCUGUCGCAAAAUUGGACGACUUAUCUGAAAGCCAGGCUGAAUUGCUCGAUACCCGGCGACAUCUACAAGGUGCCAGGCGACAACACUCACUUUUACGGCACUUUCACCACGUCGACGAACGGAUUGAUGGGUUCAGCGAUCUGCUCGUUCCAUAUCGACGCGAUUCAAGAGGCGUUCCGUGGAAAAUUCAAAGAACAGGCGACGAGCAGCAGCGCCUGGCUUCCGGUACUCUCCAACAAAGUUCCUGAACCGCGACCCGGUCAAUGCGUGAACGACACUGAAACGUUCCCGGACACCGUGCUCAACUUCAUUCGAUCUCAUCCUCUGAUGGACUCUGCCAUAUCACACGAGAACGAAAAGCCCGUCUUUUAUAAGCGGGACGUGAUGCUCACACGGUUGGUUGUCGAUAAACUGCGCAUCGAUUUCGUCGGCCUUGAUUUGGAUUACACCGUCUACUAUGCUGGAUCCAGCGACGGCCGCGUGCACAAAGUUGUACAAUGGAUAGACAGUAACGGGGAAUCCCAGUCGAUCCUGUUGGACGUUUUUGACGUGACGCCGGGCGAGCCGAUUCAGGCGAUGGAAAUCUCCAAGGAGCACAAGGCUCUUUACGUUGCCUCCGACCAUCGGAUAAAGCAGAUCGACCUGGUGAUGUGCACACGCAGAUACGACAAUUGUCUUCGAUGCGUCCAUGAUCCUUACUGUGGCUGGGAUAAGGACACUAAUACGUGCAAACCGUACGAACCUGGACUUCUUCAGGAUGUGUCGAACAGCACGGCGGAUGUUUGCGACAGUAGCGUGGGCAAACGGAAGCUGGUAGUCACGUGGGGCCAGUCGGUGCACCUCGGUUGCUUCGUGAAGAUGCCGGAAGUGUUGGCGAAUCAGGAAGUGAGGUGGUACCACUACAGCAAAGAGAAGGGCAGGUAUCAGAUAGCUUACAAAUAUGGAGCCGGAGGGGACAAGUUCAUCGAGACGUCCGAGAAAGGCCUGGUGAUCGUUGGUGUGAACGAGCAAGACGCCGGAAGAUACGAUUGCUGGUUAGGUGGAUCGCUCCUGUGCUCGUACAACAUCACAGUCGAUGCCCACAGAUGCUCCGCGCCUGCCAAGUCCAACGACUAUCAGAAGAUCUACUCGGACUGGUGCCACGAAUUCGAGAAAUACAAAUCGGCCAUGAAGAGCUGGGAGAGGAAACAAGCGCAAUGCGCCUCGAGGCAGAACGACAGCAAUCAGAAUUUGCACACGAACGAGGUAUACGGCACCCCUCUGGUCUGAUGGAGCCGAUCGUUGGAGCCGUCGUCGAGCCGAGACCCCGACACAAUACCACGUACAAGCGUCCUGCCGAAGAAUCGCGGUCCAUCCACGAUCAGUUGGACGAGCCUCACUCUCCUUCUGACCGGUUACACCACUACUUUUGUCCUUCUUGCUACCGGCGAUCUUUCGACCAAGUGAGAGCCACGGGAUCGAAAUGGGAGAAACACGUCCGUAUCAAGAAACGGCAAACCGAACGUCCGUAACACGAGCAGCUCGAUC